UCUUGUGGGAAGUGUUCCGUAGACUUUGAGGGUCUUCCGUGAAAAAUCAAGAUGGCAGGGGAUGAUCCCCCAUUCCUUGUGGUAGGAACUGAAGUCAGUGCGAAAUAUCGAGGAGCCUUUUGCGAAGCAAAAGUAAAGAAGUUGGUGAAAUGUGUGAAGUGUAAGAUAUUUCUGAAGGAAACCCAGUCAUCACUUGUUGUCACUGAUGAUGGCGUGAGAGGAAUCCUGAAGAAUGGAUCUACAGUAGAAGUUAAAAAUCCGGAGACAGGCAUGUUAACCGAAGGUGUCAUCAGUAGACUUACAGACACCAGCAUGUAUACUGUUGUGUUUGAUGAUGGUGAUGAGAAAACACUGAGGAGGACUCAACUCUGUUUAAAAGGAGAAAAGCAUUUCAUUGAAAGUGAGACUUUGGACAAUCUGCCUCUGUCUCAUCCAGAACACUUUGGAACUCCUGUGAUGAACAGCAAAAAGGCGAAGCGUGGAGGAAGACAUAGCAUGGGAAAUGAUGAAGAAGAAGAUACAAGCUCUGAUGAAAGUAUCCCUAAACGUGCUGUGUACAAGGGCAGGUUACAGAAUCUGGUAGGGAAGGUGAUGUUGACUGAGAUGGGAGACAAGCGUAAACAACAGGUGCCUGUCUUAGUGGUUCUGCCAGAUGCUCACACCACUGAACUACGCACCAAGGAUCACCUGCUUAUCAAAUCAUUCAAAGAUGGCAAAUUCUACUCAGUGGCUCGUAAAGACAUGAAGGAGUUUUCCAAGGAUACAGUGCAGAAAAAUGAAGAUAAAUCUUUGAAAGCAGCUUUUGAGAAAUGCAUCGCCUAUUAUGACAACCAAGACCUGCCGACCUCUUGGGAGAGAGAUGAGCUCCUGGGAACAGAUGAAGAAGAAAUAACAGAUGAUGAAGAGUCCUCUGAUGAUGAGCCAAGUGAAGAGAAGGACAGAUUUGUAGCUCAGCUGUACAAAUUUAUGGAUGACAGAGGUACCCCAAUCAACAAGGGACCAACACUUGGAAAUAAAGACCUGAAUCUGUAUAAGCUCUUUAAAGUAGUACAGAAUAUUGGUGGAUAUAACAAGGUGACAAACCAACUGAAAUGGCGAGGUGUUUAUGCAAAGAUGAGUCUACCCCCUUCAAACACAGCUUCACAUCAAAUCAAGAAUGCAUAUAAGAAGUACCUUCAUGCAUUUGAAGAUUUUUAUCGUAAACUUGGUAGCUCUAUGGGAACAAUCAGCCGGCCUGGGAGGAGUAGAAGUCACUCUGGUAGGGGGAUACAUGUACCUUUCAAGAAGGAACCUGAAAAGAAAGGAAAAGAUUUAGUAAAGAAGGACGAAGUCAAGGAGUCAGAAGAAAAGCCUGAGUCAGAUACUGGGGAGAUAGAGGGAAAAGAGGCUCAGGAGACAGUAGUUAAAAGGGAACGUUCACCUAUGAAGCGAAUCAUGAGACACGAAGUAACACCAAAGGUAGAUGAGAAAGCAAAGAAAGAAGAAGUAAAGGAAAAGAAGGUUGAGAAAGAGGAAUCAACACCUGUAAAGAAAAUAGUGAAAAAAGAAACUGUAAAAAAGGAUCCCGAUAGUGGUAAAAAGACCGCUAAGACAGUGAAAAAGGAAAAGGAAGAAGAAAAGAAAGCCAGGAAAGAGAUGUUAGCAGAUCAGCAGAAGGAAAAGGCAAACGAGGAAAAGGUGAAGGAGAAAGCUCCACAGGAAAAAAAGGUUGUACGGAGACGGUCUAUGAGGAAAGAUGAGAAAGAAUCGGACUCGAAAGGCGAUGAAGAAAGUUGUAAGGAAGAGGAGGUGAAGAAAGAGAAACCCGUUGAGAAAGAAACUAAAGUAAAAGCUAAGCUUGUCGUCAAAGAAGAUAAGAAAGAUAAAAAGGAAGAUAAGAAAGAGGACAAGAGAGAAGUGAAAAUAACAAGAAAAGAGUUAAAGAAAGUUGCCAAAGCAGAAGAGGAACAAAUAGAAGUUGAGAAACCUAAGGUAGGGAAGAAAGAUGGAAAGAAAGCUAAAGUAGAGGAAGAUAAGUCUGAGGGAAGUGAGUCAGAGAAGCCAAAAGGUAUGCAGAAGAAGGAAGUGCUGAAGAAAGAGGAUCAGGAUAAUGAAGGAAGCUCUGGUGGAUCUAAGAAAGAAAUCAAGGAAGCCAGGAUAGAGAAAAUGCAGGUAGAUGAGGAUAAGGAAGAGGAGGGUGAUGAGUCUGAAUCAGAAAGGAAAUGGGCUGAAGAUGUGGAAACCAAAACCGAUAUCAAUGCUGAAUUUCCCAACGGUACUAGGCUUCAGGUUCGCUACGGACGAGGCAGAAAUCAAAAGGUUUAUGAUGCUAAGGUUGUAGAAGCAGGUCUGGACAGUUCGCAGGUGCAGUACUUGGUACAUUAUGCAGGAUGGAACAUGAGGUAUGACGAGUGGAUCAAGCCUGAGCGCAUUGUGAAUGUCAUCAACAGGCCCGACUCGGACAAGAAAAUGAAGGACUGUUCACCAAAAUCAUCAAAGCAGCAGAUGCAGAUUAUCAAUAAAAAGAGAGGCCGGCCUGGUUCAACCCUAUCACAGCCUAGCCCACCAAAGCCCACCAUCAUCGUGGAAUCGCGUCCUGGACCUGUGAAACCCAGGUCACCAGCAUCGAGCACAAAACCAAAGUCCAGACCCACCAGAUCCAACAGUGUAGAAUUUAAAGUCAUAGAUGGAUUACCACCUAAGUGGAGGCGGACAAGGAGAAACUCCGGUGUUACAGAAUCUGAUGUCAAUUCUCAAGGUUCAGAUUCAGAGGACUUUGAUCCAUCUGACCUGGAUGCAGAUGAAAAGGAGGAUAUGUCUGCAAGUUCACCAGAAAUGGAAGAAUUAGAGAAAGACACAAGUAUGGACUCGUUUGAUGAGGAUGAAGACAAGGGAAAGGAAAGGGAGGUCGAUGUAUCCUUAGAUAUGCCAAAGCUGGAAAAGAAGGAAGAUGAACCAGAACUUUCAAAUCUAAAAGAAAUCAAAGAUGUCUCUGCAGAACCAAAAUCAAAAUCCCAAGUCAUAAAGACAUCUAAUAAUGUAGAGGUUACAGUUGAUGAUGAUACCACUGUAACAGCAGAGGUCGAUAAGCAGGAGGGGGAAAAACCAGAAAACGACCCCCUGGAAUCUGCUCCUCUGUUAGAGGCAGUGGAGGAUCUUCCUGUGCAAGCAGCAGCAGAACCAGAAGGCCAGGAUACUUCCUCACUUGAAGUAAAUUCGUCAAAAAAGGAUGUGUUUAAAUGGGACAUAGACGAGGAUGAGGGAGACGGAGCUACAACAAAAGAAGCUGCAGCUGAUGCUGCAGAUUCCUUACAAGAGCCUGAAAAUACCUCGUCGGACAUUGUGUCAGAAAAUGUGGAAAAUGAUGAGGAUAUGCCACCUGUGAUUGCACCUGUUUUAGAGAAACAGGUGGACCAGAAGGAAGUUUUGAAUGUUGACAUUGACAAACCAGCUCCAGAAAUUCGACCUGAAGUUAUCACAGAGAAGCAACAAGAAAAAGUAGAGAAAGUAGCUCCUGUUAGUGACGUUUUCGAUAAAUUUGAAUUUCGGGAUGAUGAGGAAGAAAUAACUUUACCUGACCUAAGAGCAGAAGCAGAGAAAGAAUUGAAGGAAAAACUGAAGCAAGAAGCUGUGGAGAUGGAAAAGAGAAUAGUGAAAGGUAAGAAGAAGGAGAUAAAGGAAAAGAAAGAAUGUAAAGAAAAGGAAAAGAAGGAAGUAAAAAAAGGAAAGAUGACCAUGGCAGAAAGAAAAAUGGUUAUAUUACCUGAAGGAACACCAGAGGUUGAAUAUGAACCUCCACAGAAAAAAAUGAAAGAAGAAAAACCGCCAGUGGAGAAGAUUCCCGAGGCAUCUACUGAGACAGCCAUGUCAACAUUAGACAAAGUGAUCAGCAGUGUAUGUGAUAAAGCCAGGGAGUUUGUGAUGGAGGAGACAGAGGGGGAAAAGAAAAAAGUUAAGAAAAAAGUAAAGAAAAAAGAAGCAGAAACAGUUACUCCAGAGGUUAAAAAAGAGACGACACGGAAGGAAUCUGGUAAAGGUCUGAAGGUAGUAAAAAGUGAGAAAAUUCCUAAUAAAGGCAAAGGUAAAAAGAAUAGAGAAGGUGGCGAAGGAGAAACGGAACAAAUAAUGGACAGUUCAGGUGGAACUUCAGUCAAAACCGACAGUAAAAAUGAGUGUUCAAUGUCUCCAUCAAAUUCAUCACAUGAUGUGGGCAGUGAUAAAACUAAAGCUGUGAUAAAUCCUUCUUUAGACAGUAACCUACAGAUGCUUUCGGGCGUGGAACUUUUGUCAGGUAUAGCUUUAAUGAAUGCAAGCGAGGUGAUCAGUGGUAGAAUGGACUUUGGGGAUCCUUCAAAGGAAGCGAGUAAUAGCUCUGCUGUGAAUACUGUGUUAGACAACACCCCACCUACCACACCUGAGCAUGAUGACUCAGAUGGUGCUCAGUGUGCUACUCGGGAUCAUUCCUCAUCACAAGAGUCUCAAAAUAAAUCUGAAAUUGACAAUGGUGCUGAAAAUGACCGGCAAUCAGUAGGGGGGGAAUCCCCUCAUGGUAACGCUAGUCCAUCGUCAAACGAUGGCAGUGUUGGUAGUGGUAAUGUGGCUUGCUCUGAGAGCAGCAAUUUAGAUGUGCCAGUAUCCUCAAAUCUCGGAAAACGGAGAAAAGAAUCUGAAGAGCCUACGCCAACAAAGAAGAAGAGGAAAGGAAAAUCAAAAACAACAUCUGAACGCAAAACAUCAAAACCUACAGGUAGUGACAGUGAUGAGGGUAACGAGGGAGGAUGCAAUCAAGACUCUGCUUCAUCAAACAGCAAAUCAACAUCACAUUUAUCCGGUUCAGGUCAUUCACCACGUCCAUCCCGAUACAAUCUUAAUCUUGAGGAGGGAAAAUACCUGGAGGGUGAGAAAAGGAUAGCAUUCUUGAUGGAGAAAAUUCAGGAAAUACGCAAAGUGUAUAUGAACUUGAAAGCUGAAGUGGCCUGUAUAGACAGGCGAAGGAAGCGAGCACGACGAAAAGAAAAUGUUCAGCACUCAUCCACAGCAGCUGAAACCGAAUAUUGUCGGUGACAGGGCCAGUAUCAAGAGGUUUUGUAAUCAUCUUCACUCAUCACCAUCUUCAAACCAUGCUUUUGUUCAUAAUGAUACAUGAUUGCCAUCCUACGGCAUGCUGCAGAGUACUGUGUACUGAUGUGUCAUUAGUUACAGUGCUAUUCCAUGGUAUGCAUGUGGACGGUACAACUGGGAUAAAUAUCAUUAACUAUUUAUAUACAUUAUUACUACUGAACAUUUUUCUUGUACAUGGUUGGUGCAUUUUACGAUGUGUACAAUUUACAGAUGUUUGUAAAUUAUAGGUAGCCUCUUAUCUCUUUUUCCACAAAUGUUCUAUUUUCAAGUACAUUGGAAAGAGAUGUUUCAGUAAGCAAGCAUAUAUUUUGUUGAAUGGUCAUUUGUAAGGAUAAAUUAACCAAUAUGUUUUAAUUCAGAUGAUGUAUUUUAACUGUGGUUAACUUUAUUUGUUAUUUUAACACUUUGCCCCAUUUUAAGUACAGUUUGACACUUCCCCAGCCUGAUGCCUGUCCCCCUUUACAAUCUCGGUGUAAGAUUUGUGAAAGCUUUACUGCUUUAGUUGAACAAAAAGAAUUGCAAAUUAUUCUUUUUUUAAAAAUGGAAAAUUAAUAGAAAUAUGAUUCAAUUUUAAGAUAUGAAUUAUGGCUUCAGAAAAGUCCAAAAGAAAGUUUGAAUAAAUUGUGGGGAUAUGUUAACUUUGAGAAUUGUGAUGAAACCAAGGUCGUUAUUUGCAAUGCACUUGUGGAUAAAGUUGUGAGGUACUUUUUUGUGCUGUUUUAAAUGAAAUAUAUAAAUUGAUUCCUUAGCAGAAUCUGCAGGAAGCGAUCAAUAUUUUACCUGGUUAACUACUUCAGCUUUAGGUAUGAACUUGUCGACCAUACAUUUUAAGAGGUAACAGCGGUGCAUAUGUUGGCAUGGCUGAAUAAUUUUGUCAAUAUUUUCUGGGUUUACCAGUUACUGACAUUACAGAGGUAGUCAUUUGGAAACAUCCACAAGAAACCCUCUGAACUCCGCUUUAUUUGUAGGAAGUUCUACAUUCUAAGAUUGAGCUAAAAAGCAAUUCUUGUUAACCUAGUUGGUAGGAGUUGUCUAUUUUUUUCUCAGGGGACAUUUUGAUUCAUCUUUUCACCACCAAUACAGAACAAUUUCAUGGGGCAAAGAGUUAAGAUAUAUAUACAGACCACAUACCAAAGAUAUUGUAGGUGGUUUCAUCAACUGCCUGAUCACAAUGGUUGGUAGGAGGGAAGAUGCGUUGUACUUAAAAGUAGUCACUAGAGAAUCAGAAGGCAAGGCAGCAGUAUUCGGCUGUGAUUUUCUUAUGAAUACAUGAAUUGUUGACAUUUUGAACAAAUAUCUUUUAAGCAUUAAGUAAAACUGGAGUCCACUGUGCAAUGUAUAGCAACCUACUGACUGUACAGGGUGUUUUUGCUAUUACUGUAUAUGGCAAUACAGUACUAAAGUACAUCAUAAAUGUUUUGCAAUGAAGGAUUUCGCAGAACAUGUGUGAAAAUUUUUAUAUUUAUUUAUUUAUUUGUUACUUGACAAAUAUAAAAUUUUUACAGAAUUUUUGUUUUUGACUGUUUUUGUUGUAUUAGUUUUUGAGCACCAGAAAAAGCAUGACCUGUCAUACCCCUUAAAAGGAUUUGUGACCUUUAAUAUCAUAGGGAACAAAAGUGAUAUUUUUUAUGCAAAUUAUGCAGGAGAUAUUUCACCCUGAUUUGAUAUAAUGUCCAAAGAUCAAUUUUGCAUAAAUCAACAAUGAAAUAUUCAAUCAACAACGUACGGGUAUGGCCGACUCCCAAUUUUAUACACAGUAUGUGGGUAUGUAUCAGAAAAAUGAUCAGUUAGAAAAAUCAAAUGGUAUGAAAGAUGGAACAUGGAGCAUAUGGAUUUUUUUUUUUGUUUUUUUUUAAGUACAGCAUAAUUUUUUCUCUACAAGAAAAAUAGUUUUGUAUAAAAUCACAAUGUUUUCGUGUGAGUUUUUUAAAACAGGAAUCACUUAAAUUAGGAAAUUUUGGUAGUAAACAGAGUUUUGCUACAGGUAGGACAUAAACAUCAUAAUAACCCUGAACUAUUGUAUCUACUUCAAUGUCUCUGUAGUUGGUGUAAGAUUAUUGUGAAGCCAACCACAUGUCUCCAAAACAUACAAAUGAUUAACCAAAUCAAUUUCUGUGUAUUUGGAUUAUCGUUAAAAAAACCAGUAGUUUAAAGUAAUACUGAACUGAGAUAGUACUCCACUAACUUCUGUCUGAAAAGCAAGUUUCAAAUAUUGAAGAUUGGCCUUUAUGUUUGUCAAGAACAGAUUUGGGAUAAAUCAUUCUCUAGGUAAACCUAAUCUUGCAUGUAAAACUAUAACAACAGUAGUACAUCACUGAGAGGAAGAAGAGAACGAAUCUGAAAUUGAGUCUUCCAAAUACUAGAAUUACUGAUGUUAUCUGUGGUAACUAGUAUAAAAGAUAUCUCUCUUUUUUAUAUAAUCUGACAAAGCACUGAGGACUUACAUUAAAGUGCUAUUCAAAUAUGAAGAGGGUUUUGUAUAUUACCCUAUUAACUGUAAUUGCUGGAAUACCAGUCAUAAUCUCUUGUAUGUGUCAAUUUUAUUGAUGAGUACAAUGUAUACGAUGGCAUUCUUUAACGUAAUGAAAUGAGCAAUAAUAUUAUAUUUGUGAUAUCAACAUGUUAUUCUGAAGCUUGUGAUACUGUUGAAAUCUUUCCAAAGAUUUAGAUAAAUUACAAUGUUUUCUUGAUAUCCCGGUUAGUGUAUGUGGGGGAUGAAUUGUGUGAUAAUAGAAAAGGUCAAUAUUUUUUUAAGUUAAGUGUAUUUGAAACCAUAUAGAAAAUACCUUAAGUAGAUGUUUUUAUUUUUCUCUUUGUGAUGUUUUUUUUUAGAAAAGGUAGAAUUCUGUCAAAUCAGUUUUCUUAGAGGCCAAAAAUGAAUUGACCUUUGCAAUGGUAAGAAUUCAUUGGUCCAAUCAGAAUGUUUGUGCUGUGCCAACAUACUGAAGUUCGUCAUCAAGCAAUAUGUAUUGUCAAAAUCUCAAAUAGGUAAAUACUAGAUUCAGUAACUUAUCAUGCAGUUCUCUAUCACCAGGUAAUCCUUAUACCCAGUACUUGCAGUUUUUUAAACUUGUAUAUGUUCUUGACUUCUUAAGGUGUAAUGGUUGCCAAUAUAAGGUUAUCUACCAGAAAUCCGAACCAAAGCAUGCUGUGAUGCUUACAAAAUCUGAGAUUCAUUCUGUAGAUCUGAUAGUUAUGGGUUACACAUUCCCGAAGGUCAUGUAUUGGUUGAAUCAAUAAUGCACAGUUAAUUAAUCAUUAUGAAUGUGUAGUCUUCUGUAUGGUUUAGGAAAGGAUCUGGAUAUUUCUGGCAGGUUGAAAUAAAUUUUUGCUAUCACAGCAGAUGAUCGAGGGGUUAUCAGGAAAAUUAAAUUUUCCAAUUACUUGUUAGAUAAUUUCAGUUAAUAAAACUCUGAUAUCGCAGCAAGAAAUCCCUGAUAACACUGGAUAGACCAUGCUGGGUUUUAUAUGAGGAGUAAAUUGAUACAGAUGUGAAGUGUAUGUGAUUAGCCUGUUACUGGUAACAGAUAACUGUGCUUUACUCUAUUAUAUCUAGCAUUACAGUGCUAUUUUCUGUGAAUAUUUUCCACAAAUGCCAUACCCACGAGAUUUUGAUCUCAUAUCAUCAGUUUUCUCCCUUUAAGUGAUGUGUUUUCCCCGUCAUUUUGUGUCGCUACAUAUAAAUGUGAAUUUGUGAAUAGAAAUUCGUCAAAUAUUUUCAACAUAUACAUAGCAAAUAAAAUGAAAGUUUUUGUCAGUACUGUAUUUCUGGUUUUUAAAUUUUGCAUCUGAUUCUUUACAUCUGAUGAUGGUGACCUGUUUAAAGCCAAAAUUGUUGACCUCUCCUCUUUCUCUUUGAAUAUGUACAAAUAAGUUUAAAUCUCCUGAACACCAUAACACAAGAUUUUUGAAGCAGUUCCAACAAUGAAAAUUGUGCAAAAUUGAUCAGAUUAAGAUUUCAUAAAAACAUGCAAAGAGGAAAAACAGUUAUAUCUCUUUAUGAUGGUGUCUUUCAGUAUAAAACAUGCUACAAUCCAUGGAAGUGGUAAGAGAUAUAUUGCAAAGCAUGAUCCUAUCUAACUACAACCAAAAUUAUGAGAAAAUUGUCAAAGAAUUGAUCAUCAACUCGAGUCAGAGGUAAAAUCUAGGUCCAAACUUUUGUUUACCAGAAUGAUUCUUGGUUACUUACGUAGUUUGUUUGGAGGUAUACCACUCCUACAGUCUCUUAACUAUGCAGCUGAAAAAAGUAAGACAUUUUAUAUUUCUGGCAGAGCUCGACUAAAAACCAAGAGGCAGAAAUCAUUACUAUAUUUCUAAGUGACGUUAAAUGUUAACAUGAUCAUUUGCAAAAGUUUUCAAGGAAACAAAACCUUGCUUGCCAAGAUUUUGCAACAGAAAAUGAAAUUCAUUCUCAUGACAAAAUGAAUAUUUUCAUAGAUUUGACAGUAAUUUAGAGAUAUACCAUGAAACUCUGGCCAUUCACAUGGUAUAUCUUCAUCAGAAUGUUCCUGUUUUGAUGAUCUCUCAAAUUCAUCUUUUAUAGUCAAAACCUGUGUCUAAGAAAACGUUUUCUUGUGCAUUGUAUGCAACUCAAAAAUAAUAUAUUCCAACUUUAUGGCAGCAUUAGGGAUUGCUUUCAUUACAUUAAUUUACCACAAUAUUUAGGAACAUUUUCUUUUAUCUGCUUGCCACAAGGAUGAUGCUUGAAUACUAAAAAGAAAAUUAAGCCUUACAACAUCAGUGCUGUUAUACACACUUCAAAAAAUUUAAUGAUAUGUUAUUUAAUCACAAAAGAUGGAACUCUAUUUUAAAAUCUAGAUUGCUGAUAUUGAUACAUCUAUGCAUGUUAAAAUCAUAUUUCUUGGCUUUGUGACCUUCGAAGUGACAGAUAAUGCUGUUAGCUUCUGACAUAAAUUUUAAUUACCUACCAAAAGCCUAAUCAGUCUUCACAGUAAAAAAAAAUGAUUGUAUUGAAAUUAGUUCGUUGUAAAGCUGUAUUUGUAAAGACUUGUAAAAUCAGGUGCGAUACUGUAAUCGUCCAAAUCACCAGAUAACCAACUUGGUGUUGAAGCAAGCUGUAAGAUUGUACAAAAGACACACAAGUGAUUUACACUUUUUCAUAAUUCAGAGUAAGUACAGUAUACCCUAUCGAUGAAUAAAACUGCAUCAUACAACUGUUUCGUACUUCUAGACAAUUUCUGAUUUUAUACCACGCUUCUUAGAAGUCGAUGUUUGGAUAUUUCAAUUUUGUAUUUGUAUGAAUGUUACCAAUGCAUACUUAGUAUGUAAAGGAUCGUUUACAUAACCAAAUCCUGAAGGCAGUGUUAAUAAGUUAUAGAUGUACUUCUAAUAAACCAGGUUUUGGACAACAGCAGGCCUUUUAGGAUUGCAUAGUGAUUCUUAUGUUCAUGUCAAGCAUCAUAUAUAAUUUAUUUGACUCAUUAAACAUUUAAAUACUAA